AUGAUUGGUUACGAGACUGAAAGAAGACUAAAGAACUUCUUAGUUGCCGUUGGUGAUGGAGAGCUCAUCCUUGAAAGAGCAAGACAGAGACUAUGUGAAAUUAGAGACUUCGCACCAGAAUCUGCAUUCCAAAGAAUUGACAGAGAUGGAAACAUUUAUAUCUCUAGCUACGAACUCCUAGCCUUCCUCCGUGACAAUAAUGUGUUCAACAUUAGCGAUUCAGAGUGCUAUAGACUAGUUAAGUUCUUUGACUCAGACGAAGAUGGCAGACUAUCUCUAACCGAUUUCAGUCAAAUGAUCCUUCCUUGUGAAGACAACCUUCUCAGAAGAAUCACACAGGAGAGACCAUCUUUCAGAGUUAGCAGAUAUGACUAUCUUCCUAGAGACAUCGAGCAAGCCCUAACUGAGCUCAUCGAAAGAGAGCUUGAUCUUCAUAGAAGACAAGAAAUCUUGAAGGGAGAUCUUGAAGUUAGAUAUGACUACUCAUCUUAUGCAGCAUUUAGAGCUAUUGAUAAAUACAAUGAGGGAAAUAUUAACACAUUUAAUCUCUCUGCAUUCUUGAAAAACAAUGGUCACUACGCUUCAGAAAAAGAGCUUCUAGCUAUUAUUAGAAGAAUCGACACUGACGGAGAUGCAAAGCUAUCCUAUUCAGAGUUCGCAGAUUUCAUUAGAAGCUCGGAGACAAGACCACUCAUUGAAGAUCUAAAGAGAACUUACUCAGCAGAAAGAACCGCAGCAAGAAACUUGAACUCAUCUACUAUGGGAUCACCAUUGAAAAACCAAUCAUCAUACUAAUCACCAGCUAGAUCACACUCAGCCUAUGGAAGAAGAACCGUUUAAAUUAGCACUCCACUGAGAGAUUCUAGCUCCCCUUUCAGAGAAUCAAGAGCAAGUCCAUUGAAAGAGUCUCUUGCAUCCUCAACUCUUAGAGCAACCUCCCCAAUCAGAAAAUAACCACUCUUAAGACUUGAGGAUGAAGAUGAACUCGUAAGAGCACUAAGGGAAUAAAUCUCACUUGAAAAGGAGCUUGAGAAUGCCAAGAUAUCCCUUGCCUAGAGAUCUGACUUCAAUCUCUAUGAUGCUUUCAGAAUCUUUGACAUUGACGCAAGAGGUUACAUUACAUACACUGACAUUAAGCAAGGUCUCAAUGAUAUCGGAAUAUUCCCAUCAGUUGAGGAACUUGAAUUGUACAUUAAAAGAUGGGAUAAGAACAACGACCACAGACUUAGAUUCUCAGAAUUCUCUGACUCAUUCAUUCCAAUCGAUCACUAUUAUGCCAACCUACUCAAUAGAAGAACAUCCAACGAUGCAAGGGGCAGACUCUAUUAGAGAGACGACUGCUUCCUUUCAGAAACCAAGAUUGAGUUUAGAAACGUGUGGAGAACUCACUUCAAGAUCGAAUCAUAUUCUGAAUCUUUAAGAUAAAGACUAUAUAAGAGACCAGGAUUCAAUCUCUACGAAGCUUUCAUUAGCUGCGAUCUAAAUGAUGAUGGUACAGUAAGUAGAGAAGAACUAAGAAGGCUCAUUGAAUCAAGAGGAUUCUAUGUUAGUGAUAAAGAAGUCAACCAACUCAUUGAAAAGAUAGACAAAGAUAGAGAUGGAAAAAUCUCCUAUGCUGAGUUCAGAGAAGAGUUCCAACCAAGAAGCCCAGUCAGGUUUUGA